GGCUGAGCAUGAAGGUGUUUAGAAAUGCUUCUGGACUUGUAAGAUCCCAGAAGACAUGCUCUUGAGUUUUCAAGCCCGUCCUCUUUGUUACGCGCUGUCUUUGCUGAUUGCUCAAAAUGGUUCACCAACCGGCCGGAUUCAAGUCUAGGGUUUUUAGUUCGCCAGCGGUGAUCAUUGACAAUGGAUCUGGACUAUGCAAGGCUGGGGUGGCAGGAGAGGUCGGCCCACGCCACGUCAUUGCCUCGGUCCUGGGUUGCCCCAAAAGCAAAUUGUCCCUAUCCAGGAGCAGACAGAAGGAGUGUUACGUUGGCGACGAGGCCCAAGAUAGGCGAGAAACCCUGUCGUUGAGAUACCCAAUCGAGAAUGGCGUCAUCACAUCAUGGGAUGAUAUGGAGAAGAUCUGGAAGCACAUCUAUGACAAAGGGUUGGGAAUGAAAGCGUUUGAGAGGCCUUUGUUAAUGACCGAAUCUCCCCUGAAUCCAAAAGAGGACCGGGCCAAACUCACUCAGCUGAUGUUCGAACACUUUAAGGUGCCCGCCUUUUACCUCUCCAUCCAGGCCAUACUCUCUCUCUACGCUUCGGCGCGUUACACCGGAAUAGUACUGGACAGUGGCUUUGGAGUUACCCAUGCGGUGCCCGUGUAUGAAGGAUACUGCUUGCCCCAUGCCGUCUCCAGGCUAGAUAUUGGCGGCAGAGAUGUCACAGAGGUCCUCCGGGAACUGCUCCUGGAAAAGAGGCAAUACUUCAGGAGUUUUCCAGAAGGGAGCAAUGUUGUGGAAGACAUCAAAGUGAAGUUGUGCUUCGUGGCUGCGGACCCUUCCAAUGAGCAGGACAAGAUUCCAGAGACGGUUCCCAAAGAGUACGAACUCCCUGACGGCAACAGGAUCAAGAUCGACGACCCUCUCUUCCUAGCGCCCGAGAUCCUUUUUACGCCCAGCAACAUUAACCGGAGCGGCCAUGGGAUCCCCAGAAUGAUCGCCAAGAGCAUUAAAAAAUGUGACCCCAACAUCCGCAAAGCGUUCUAUGGCAACGUGCUGCUGUCCGGAGGCUCCUCGCUGUUUCCCGGUUUCGACGACCGGGUCUUCAAAGAGCUAGAACUCCAAGCCCCACAAGGAGUCCCCAUAAAGGUCAUUGCACCGCCCGACCGGUGGUUCUCGACGUGGAUCGGGGCCUCCAUUGUGACCUCUCUCAGCACCUUCAAGCAAAUGUGGGUCACUGCGGCCGACUACAGAGAAUUCGGGCCCAACGUUGUACAGAGGCGGUGCUUUUAAAGAGGAUUUGGGGACACAUUGCCCACUUGUUAAAAGGACUUAACAAGCAGCAACAGCUACCAGGUAGUUUGGAAAAUCGUGCAUUUGCCUCUUUUAAAUAAAAGUGCUUUUACAACUU